AUGUGCGGUAAGAAGUACACAAAAACCCGCACUAACCAACAUUUUAGUGAUAAACCACCGGAAGGUGCUGCUGCUCCCGGAGGUGCUGCCGCUCCGGCAGCUGCAGCUGCACCUGCAGCUCCUGCGGCAGCUGAAAAAGCCGGUGAGGAAAAGAAAGAGGAGAAAAAAGUGGAAGCUGAGAAGAAGAGCAAGAAAUCGGAACGAGAAAAGAAGGAGGGUGAGGGUGGUGAGGGGGAGAAAAAGACUGAUGAAAAGAAGGAAAGUGACGUUGAGAAGAAGGAAGAGGAGAAAAAGGAGGGAGAGGGUGAAAAGAAAGAUGAAUCUAAGAAGAGUGAUGACAAAAAGGAGGAAAAGAAAGAGGGAGAGGAAGAGAAGGAGGAAAAAAAGGAAGGUUCGAAGAAGGAAGGCUCCAAGAAGGAGGGAUCAAAGAAGGAGGGUUCAAAGAAAGAGGGUUCAAAGAAAGAGGGAUCAAAGAAAGAGGGAUCAAAGAAAGAGGAAGGUGAGGGCGAAAAGAAGGGAGAGGAGGAAAAGAAGGAAGAGUGA